AUGGCAGACGCCCGAGCCUUACUUCGCGCUCACCGCGCCGAGAACCGUAUCAAGCAUCCUCACGCAGCAUACUCGGACGCAGGGAAGCUAUUAUGCAAGCUAUGCCACGAGCCGGUGAAGACAGAGGCUCUCUGGGAAAGCCACGUCCGAAGUCCGAACCACCGAAAAAGAGCCCAAGCACAACAAAGCGACCUCUCCUCGCAACCACAGGGGGCAUCUCCGACGGACGGACCAAACAGCAAGCGGAAACAUGACGAUAUAGACGAGAGCAUGUCGGACGCGGACGGCGACGCGGAAGAGGCCAUACGGAAGAAGCGUAGCAAGCCCGACCUGGCCUUAUCCACGAGCAGCGUGCCGGGCGGUGAGAAGAGACAGUCUCCCUCGGAGCUGUCGAGGUGGACGUCUUCGCACACACCCGUUCACGGCGUCGAGAUCGCGAUACCGUCGCGACCCGCCACGCCAGCGGCCGGUUCUAAUUCCGCCACCUCGACCCCCAACGGCCCUCCCGUCGGCCGCUCACCGCUCAUCGGGUCGGAAACUACGUCUACGUCUACACCUACGUCUACGCCCGCUAACCUCCCUAUCUCAACGCAACCCCUUUCCGUACCAUCUACCACUACCACUACUACUACUACAACUACAAUAACAAACACAACCAUAACUACCGCCGCCGCCGCCGCCGCCACAUCGCAACAGCCCCAGCCCUCCAACGGCACCGUAGACGAAGACGAAUGGGCGGCCUUCGAAGCCGAGAUCUCAGCCGAACCCGCGCCCGCGCCCUUACCAACGUUCGGUCUGCAGAGCUACUCGGCGGACGCGACGAUCUCCGCGGCGGCGAUGACGGCCGCCCAGGUCGCCGCGAGGUCGCGCGAAGAGGAGAACGAGCGGCGAAAGCACCUGGUGGACGCGCAGAUCGCGGACGAGCGGGAGGACGCGACGCGCGCGCUGGAGGCCGAGUUCGAGGAGAUGGAGGAGCUCGAGGGGCGCGUGCGCCGGCUCAAGGAGCGCCGGGAGCAGCUGCGCAAGGGUAGCGGUGGCGGGGGUAUCGCCACUAAUCUGCACGGCUCAACUACCGCUGUUGCCGUCGCUAAUGAUGACGUGGUCAUGGCUAAGAGCCCGGCGGUAGGGAAGGAGAAUAGUAAUACUAGUAUGCUGGAAGAAGGAGAUGAUGAAGAUGAAGACGACGACGAUGAUGAUGAGGACGACGAUUGGGAUGCGUUUCGACUUCGGUGA